CAAAUAAUGGCAAGUUUUAACAUGGAAUACUACCUCCCAAUAAUAGUUAUGGUUUUGAUACAAUUUAUAUAUUCAGGUAUGACUCUUGGAACAAGAAUUGCCCUUGUUGAUGGUAUGAGCCCAAGGGUAUUUGUAGUCUACAGAUGUGCUUUUGCAACCAUUUUUCUUGCUCCUAUUGCUUAUUUUUCAUCAAGGAGAAACUCUACAUCUUAUUCCUUAAAUUUAAGGAGUUUUUUCUUGAUAUUCUUGACAGCACUAAUUGGCAUUACAAUAAAUCAAAAUUUAUAUUUUGAGGGUCUAUAUUUAUCUUCUUCUUCAAUUUCAAGCGCCAUGACAAAUCUUGUUCCGGCUGUCACACUUGUAAUAGGAGCCUUUACAAGAAUGGAGAAAAUGAAUAUUCGAAGUUUAAGAACUAUAGCCAAAGUAUUGGGGACAAUGAUAUGUGUAAGUGGAGCAAUAUGUAUUUCAUUGUUGAAGGGUCAAAAACUAUUAAACGCAGACAACUUACCACCAAAAUCAAUUUUAGAAAGUGAUGAGAAUUGGUUGCUUGGAUGUUUGUUUCUAUUUGGAGGUUGUGUUGCCUGGUCAAUUUGGCUCAUUUUACAGGUUCCAGCUUAUGCAAGCCAUCCUAAUUCCUUAUCACUUUCGACUUGGAUGUGUUUAAUGGCAACAUUACAAUCAUCACUAGUGACAUUAUUCAUGGAGCCAGACCUUAAUUCAUGGAAGAUUACUUCUCUACUUCAAUUUGGUUGUGUUUUAUAUUCAGGAAUCAUGGGAUCUGGAGUAACAUUUUAUCUUCAAGCAUGGUGCAUUUCUAGGAGAGGACCUUUCUUCUCUGCAAUGUUUAGUCCUCUCUUAACAUUGAUUGUAACUAUAUUGGCUACCUUGUGGCUUCAUGAGGAAAUAUACAUUGGAAGCUUGAUAGGUGCAAUUGGAGUGAUUAUUGGUUUGUAUGUUGUCCUUUGGGGUAAAGCUGAAGACUUGGUUGAUGUCAAAACUGAAAAUUAUGGAAAAAUAUAUUGUAAAACUGAUUUGGAAGAUCCUCUUUUACAUAACUAAAUAUACAUUACACUAUUGAUAUUCCUCUCUUAACUAUGAUUGCUCUUCUAAUAGGGAGUGCAUUAUUCAUAUUAUAUGAAUCAUUUUAGAUUACUUUUUGUUAGGAUAUUUGUUGACAAAACUAUGAUAAGGACUCCUAAAUAAAUUGAAAUAUAUGAUUAAUACAA